UAGACCAACAUUUUCUCAAGUUCUUAAACCUUUCAGUUAUUUAGUAUUUAUGUAGUUGUAUGUAGCAUGAUCUUCAAAUCUGAAUUUAUUAUCAUUCCCUUCUCUCAACAGGUUCCCUAGUCCCUUCAUCAUUAACUUCAAAACCUCAGCUUCGUUACAAAGCAAAAACAAAGGCACUUUUAAGAGCCACUUUUGUCUAGUUAAUUGUUGUUAGUCUGUCUGGUUCUCUGUUGUUCUUGCUCUUUUGCUCUUCCCCCCUAUCCCUUUAGUGUUGUCUUGUUUGUCCUUGUUCACCAUGAGUGACAAUUCCAAUUUCAAACAGGUCCUUAAUGAGCUUGAUGAGCUUGAACAUUCUAAAUUAAAUUAUGAACUCCAGAUCUUGGAUGAUUUCAUCAAUAAGAUGCAGGGAGAACAGGAGUCAGCACCAUCCACCAGCCAUCAACCAGUCCAGGAGGCAGCACCAUCCACUAGCCAUCAACCUGUCAGGUGGCUGAAGAGAGACAGUGAUGGAAAUGUUGUCUAUGACAGACCGAGAUCAUCCCGAAACCAAACGGCUAGUCACAGCUACAGUCGUAAGUCUAGUUCUCAUACUAGGAUGUUGGACAACAGCUUUGAGAUAACCAACUACUGUCCCCCUGACACUGUUGAGACUUUCCUUGAAGAGCUAAACCACUCACAGGGUGAUGACUUGGAUGAUCAGGAAACGGCACCAGCACCACCACAAGCUUCCUCAGACUGGUCUACUAGAAAAAGUCUCCUCUCAGAGAGGUGGGAGAAAGAGAGACCCUGUCUGGUGAAUACCAUGGUGGCACAACAAAAUGUGAACACUCAGAUCUGCCAACAAUGUGGCAGCAGUGCAGCUGCUGUCCUUUGUCGUGACUGUCGACCACAACCAUUCUUUUGUGCUCAUUGUGAUGUCAGUAUACACCGAAACCAUGUGUUCCACAACAGGGAUGCAACAAUAGCUGGAUUCUUUCAGCCAUUGCCUCCAACAACCUGUGUCGUGGAGAGGGCUCUUUCCCAGUGUGGUAAGCUCUAUUUCUUUGAGUGUCUUAUUUAGGGCUGCACAAUUAUUGCAAUCGUAAUUGCAAUAUGAUCCAACGCAACUGCCUAAUGGUAAAAUCUUCAAAUAUCAUUUGUGACAUUUGACUU